AUGAUGCGUCGUGGUUCGGUGGGAAAAAACGAAGGCAGGAUAAUUUCCAGCUGGUUCGACACAGCAGCCCGCGAAAUCGACAUCCCGGACUUGAUGAAGUUCUCUAAUUACUCCUUCCGCGUGCUCGCCUUCAACAAAGAGGGCGACGGGCCACUCGGUGCGCCGCACUUCUGCAUGACUGCAGAAGACGUGCCGGACGCGCCGGAGGGAAUCAAGGCCCUGCAAAUUUCCCCGAAAACAGUGCUGGUGUCAUGGAAGCCCCCGUUGCGUCCGAACGGAGUCGUGGAGCGCUACGACCUGGAGAUUAAAGAGCAUUCCGCGAAUGCCUUCCCGUCUUUGUCAUCGGCCUCAGACACGUUGGCAUCUGCAUUCCCCUUGUCCAGGGGUCGUACGGAGACUAAGAAAGUCAAGACCCUGCCUGGCAGGAAAACCGUGUCCACUUUCCAGGACGCUGUUCCGGGUUGGGUCUACGAAUUCUCCGUGUCUGCGUCCACGUCUGCGGGUCAAGGCCAGCAGACGGCGCCGUUCAUUUUGACUUUGGAACAAAAUGUACCAGCGAGAAUAGCAUCCUGGGGAACCAAUCUGGAGACAACAGUUGGCUCAAGUCUGCUCCUAGAAUGCUUAAGAUUUGGAUUACCUAAUCCGAAUCUCACCUGGGGUGACGAAUACAACACUUUGAUCAACUUCAAUGAUCGGGUGGUGGCGAAAGACGAUGGUUCCUUGGUGAUAUCUGAUGUCACGAGAGGAGACAGCGGAAAGUACACUUGCAAUGUCGCAAAUUCGCACGGAAACGACGCAAUCACGUACAGCAUAACUGUUCGAAGUUCACCGAAGCCACCAAAACUUCAAGCAACAAAGGCAUCAACGUCGAACAUAUCACUACAAUUCGUGGUUAUGGAUGAUGGUGGUAGUCCAGUCCGGGGUUUUCUGCUCCGCCUACACCGCGUUCGUGGCAACGUCAACGAUGUUGCAAUCCCUUCUGACCAAGAUGUCGCUGCUCAGUCUGCCGUCAUCGGCGGCGAUUUCGACAACGAAAUCAUGCCAACGAAUUCUUUCGAUGAACUAAUAGUAGACGGUUUUCCCAAGCAUCGACCGGAGUCUCACAUCAUAGAAGUCUCUCGCGAAAUCAAUAGCUACACUGUGGAAGGCCUGGCUUGUGGCUCGUCUUACAGCGUGGCGAUUUCCGCCUGGAACUCCGCUGGUCACGGAAAAUAUAGUGAACAAAUAAUCGUGAGGACUGAAGGUACGAAGCCUCAGGUACCCGAUUCCAGGACUGUGUUGGACGUGAAUUCGACUUACGCAAUUUUCCAUGUGGAUCGCUGGACUGGUGCUUCUUGUCCGGUCUUGUAUUUUGUUGCAAAAUACAAGGAAGAAGCUUGGAAAACCUGGGCACCGAUUUCAAGAGCCGGAAAGGACGUUCGUUCGCCAAUUAUACUUGACGACUUACGACCGGCGACAGCCUACGAAUUGUCCAUCAGAGCAGUUUCCGAAGCUGGAGAAACUGUCUUUCAGCACCGAUUUUUCACACUCAACAUUCUAGGAGUGGCAGUGGCUGGCGAAGCUUCAGUAAAGGGCGACAGUGACGGGCCGUCGUUCAGCGACGUACGCAUCAUGACACCCACCAUCCUGUCGAUCGUUGCGGUUGCUGUGACAGUUGCGUCUGUCUACGUUUUCCUGCGACGGAGGAGGAUCCCGGAGGAACGGGUUGAGAUGGCUCAGAUGAAGGGCAACACUUAUCAAGAGUACAUGCUCAAAUAUUACACACUGCUGGGGAAACAGGCUGCGGAAAGAGCCAGUGUGGCUGACGACAAGUCUGAGUAAUAUCACGACGACAUCCACCCGUACGCCACUUUCCACCUGGACAAGAAGUUGGAAACGACCAAGUGUCUGAAUAACCCGUCGUCUCCGUCUGGCGUCGGGUUGCCCCUAGCCCUAACCCGGCCCGGGAACUUGCUUUCCGGGUUCCCACCGACAACGGAAGCGCCUAUGAUCCCUGCUGGCGGUGCUGCAGCCUCUUCUUCAGUGAUUGGACGUGCUUCCGCUUCCGGCUGCUUCGCCCAGCAAAGUGGAUCCGAGUACUACGGAUACGGGUGCCCGGUUCCCAGCACUGCCAGCGUGGCUUCCGUGGGUCGCAGGUUCGCCCCCGCAGUUCCCACUCCUGGGGCCCGGAUGGCGAUGACCUUUGAUAAACCUUCUCCCUGUACAUUGGAUAGACGGCGAUUCAGACACAAGCGGAAAUCAGAGUCUGCGAGGAAGUUCAAGUCGUUACGAGGGGGAUUGUCGGAUGGCGAAGAGGAUGACGACGAUUCUCCGACAGAGAGCGAUCACGUCAUGUCGACACCGAUGGAGAUUCGAUCGGCGUCGUUCGCGUCACCCAGAAACAUAGUCGUUUACGGAGACGUCGUCACUCGCGACGCUGUCACCGACGGCCUCAAACACAACCUCCAACGACCGCACAUGUUGAGGCAGCUCCGAAACCCUGACAGCAGACUAAGAAGUACUCACCGACCCCACGUCACCAUCGAUUCGCCGUCACACCGACUGCAUCUCUACAACCUUGGACUGGAACCCGGGUUGCCAAUCCCCGUAAGACCCUGUCCUCAGCAACCCUCCACGUCUUCAGCAGGUGAUUACGAACGAGUUCCCUGUGAAUCUCCGGCUGCUGCUGCUGCUGCUUUUGUGUUGGAAGGCGAGAAAAUUCCGCGUAUAUAUGGGGACCUCAGGGUGUCGAGCCUUUGUGACGUUUAUGAGGAACGAUUCACACUCCACGAACAGCUGCUGGUUAACCUCAGGAAACGCGAGCCUAGUUUCCCAGUGGGUUCAAGCGCCGGGUUUGGCCACUGGCUCAUUGUCACGUCAGGACACUCGUCAGUCGUCAGACUCGUCACUCUCGACGGCUUCACUGGGCCCCCCUUCGGUGCGAUUUCCGCCCCCCCUCACGGCAUAUACGAGCGGAAAUGGGAAAAAUAUGCGCCGGAACGACGAGGGCGGCGGAAGUGCUGUUGCGGCUGGUCAGGGAGAACGAAGACCAGAGGCGGGGAAAUUACGUGCUCGAUACCCGCAGGGGUUAUUUUCCUGGCACGUGUGCGACGUCGAGGGUUGCGACACUUGGCACAUUCCACCGGGGAUUUUGCGGACGGAUGGACUAGGCGCAUCUUGCUCGUCACUUGGGACUUCAUGAAAGUUUUUUGA